UAAAUGGGAUAGGGGAGCUGAGAAUAUUGCAUUGAUGUACGUUUGGGAGCAAAUUUGUUUACCAGGAGCGAAGAAGCAACAGGAAUCUUUUUCUCUAUGAUACCGGAAUACGGCGUUUGUGGUCAUUUUACAAUCUGCUCUUUAUACCCUUUGGAAAGAUUUGGAAGGAUGCUGUUUUCUUGCCAGGUAUCGGCAGAAACAGAGAGACACGAGCCUGCUUGGACCAUGCCUAUGGUGCUUGGAUUGCGGCACGAGCAACAGCGCAGCGACCCGGACGUGAUGCAAUGCAUUCGCCUCCCCGUGGAGAGAGACCGCCUCUCGGCCAUGCAAGCAGGCGAGGCGGUAUGCAUCAAACACGCAGCUCCAGAGCCGUGCGCUGUGAAUCAUUAGCAUUAGCAGGAUUAUUAAGACGUAAUACGAGUUGGCGCAAUGGAUCCCGUAUAUGGGCGACAGCGCAACUUUUUCUCAUUCUCUCCUUCCUGUGCCCCCUCUUCAGUUGGUGACUGUCAAUUUCGGUGUAGACCAGGUUACUGGUUGGUUGUGGAGAUUCGGUCACCGCAUCAAUAGCUGCAUGAAUCACUCGAGCCGACCCAAUGGACUAGGUAGAAGACGUGUCUCUGUUGACUGGAGCUGGGAAAGCUGGCUAAAUGGAUUGGACGGAUGUUUCGCGGUGACCAGUGAUUGGGCAUUGAAUGGGCAAUGUCAGAGCAUCUGGUUCGUUCGUUCGUCGUGCUUCACUUAUCUUUUGCUUUCUUUUCAAAGAGGAGGCGUGGGAUGCAUUCUGCAUGUCCUAAAGACUGCUGAUAGCCUUGACUUUAUAUCUAGCCACCCAUCCAUCCAUGAUGAUUCAGCAUGGCUAAUCCAAUCCCUUUUGCAGUUCAUAUCUCUCACACACACUCAAUCUGCCUCGAUUCAACUCUUGCAUAAAGUACAAGAUAAAAAGCGUAUCGUUGAUUCGUCAUUGUCCGAUACCAGAAAUUUGAAGUAUGUAAAAUAACCAAUGAAAAAUCGUCUACUAGGUCUUGUUUUCAUUCCAUUCAAGGAGUUUAUAUGUGCGUUCUAUCUAAACCCAUCCGCCAAGCUAAAAAAAAAAAAAAAAAAAAAAAAGUCAUAGACAUGUUUCGUGAUAUCUGAGGUACCUACAUCAAACACCUAAAAAAAAAGCAAACAAAAAAAUAAAGCACAGGCAGCGAUAUGACAAAAACAGAUAUCACAAAUACUCCCCUAAGUUUUUGUAGAAUGAUGUUUGUGGAUUGUUUCUCUCUCUCUCUUCUGUCUGUCAUGCCUCUCCUGAAAAACGCCCAAGCCAAAAACUCAAAAAGAUCAAACC